CUUAAAUGUGUUUUUUGCCCUUCUGUCGGUUUCCUAUAUUUCUGUGAGAGAAGAGCAGCGCGCUAGCUGCCGCCUCUAAGCAUCACAGUCCUCAUGUCUCACAGAAUGAUGGACAGCUGUCACUCACAGUCACAGCCGAGAGAUUUCAACAACCUCACUCAGACAUGCAGCUCAAACAUCCAGAAAAUCACACAAAACACUGGUCAAAUCAAGAGCAUGCUUUUCCAGCUUGCUACCAGACCAGACACACCAGAACUUGAAGACAGACUCCAGCAAAUGCAGCACUACACAAACCAGUUAGCAAAAGAGACCAACAGACAUCUGAAAGACCUGGGCUCUUUCCCACAGCCGCAGUCCCCGUCAGAACAGCGGCAGCAGAGGAUUCAGAAAGACCGUCUGAUGAAUGACUUCUCAGCUGCUCUCAACAACUUCCAAGUGGUCCAGCGGCGAGCUGCAGAGAGGGAGCGUGAAUCAGUGGCACGGGCUCGAGCUGGCUCCAGACUAAACGUUGAUGAGCUCAAUCAAGAUGAACAGCUUGUGACAUUUGAAAAAAAUGAAGGGUGGAGGAUGCAGACCGAAGAAGAGCCUUUGACUGAAGAGGACCUUCAGCUUAUUAAAGAGAGAGAGACCAAUAUCCACCAGCUGGAGUCGGACAUUAUGGAUGUGAACCAGAUCUUCAAGGACCUUGCAGUCAUGAUCCAUGACCAGGGUGACAUGAUCGAUAGCAUCGAAGCCAACGUGGAGAGUGCAGAGGUGCGUGUGGAGCGAGGAGCUGAACAACUCCAGCAGGCGGCGUACCAUCGGAGAAAAUCCCGCAAGAGGAUGUGUGUUCUGGCUCUGAUCCUGUCGCUAGUGGUGGCCAUCUUUGCUCUAAGAAUUUGCAGAAUCGGACAGAAGUACUGGAUCCUACUUCAGUGUUGAGUGAAUGACGUGUGUAUGUUUAUUACAUAUUUGUGAGAAAGAAAAAAAAAGACUUCAAUUUGUGUAGGAAUGGCUGGUAAUAUUGUGAUGUGAACCUAGUGUUUCUGGAAGGUUUCAACCCAAAUACUUCCUUCUGAUCCAAAACUAAAGUUUUUUAAAGUUUUUAAAAAUCAAAUCAUCUCAGAUCUCAGCUCAAGCAUAGCUUACAGAAACACGGUGGGUUUUCAUUUAUUAAUACCCUAGUGAAGAAUAAAUAUACUAAAAUGUAUUUAAAAUACAUGUAUUUCAUGCUAGGUAUAAAUACAAUUACAUAUUUAUGUACUUAAAAAUAAAAAUACCCUGCAGUGGUGCGUCUAAUAGUUGAUUUUGCUAAAUUGGAAAUAAUGCAACAUCUACACUUUAAAUAUCUUGCAUUUAAAGUUCAAUAUUCAGAUAUUCAAAGAUUAUUCAAUCCUCAUCAAUAAAAAAAAAACACUUUAAGCUUAAUAUUAAGAAAUGCACAUUGUGCACAAGUAGUACCCCAAAUAAAGUUCAAUUAUCAUUUUUAUGUCAGUAAGUCUCGAGCGAUAUGUCAUUAAAUAAUAUAGUAAUAGAUUAGAUUUAAGUAUGAAAUGUAUUUUAAAUAUAUUAUAGAUCAGAUCCCAAUAUUAAGAGCCAUUCAUGCAGAAAUACAGAUGAGUGUAUUCACUAAAUCUGCACUUAUGUGUUUCCUCUGUAAAAAUGUCUGUCCAUGAAAUAUCUGGAGCAUAUACAGUACAGCAUUAAUCAUGAUCAGGUUUACGUUUGCAACCCCUUGCAUGAAUGUAAUUCUUUUUAAAAAUUGUGUUUUGUAGUUACAGGUCUUGAUCCAUUAUGCAAAAUAAUGGUUUAUUCUCUAAACAUAUAUAUAUAUAUAUAUAGAGAGAGAGAGAGAGAGACAGAAAUAUUUCUCAAAAUUAUUUCAAAGAUUUUAAUGCUGUAUAUGUUUGUAUGCCCAGUGCUCUGAUUCUCACAAGUACAUUAAUUUCUUAGUAGUACAUAAAUAUGAAAUACAUUUUAAUAAAUUGUAUAUGAAAUACAUUUUAAUAAAUUGUAUAUGAAAUACAUUUUAAUAAAUUGUACUCCAAUGCUACUCUUCUA